AUGGAUCUUAUCCAGCUCCGAAAGAUUCAUGCAGUUAAGAGGUCCAAGAUGCAUCAAAUAAUUGACAGGUUUUUCCUGCAUGUGAUACUGUUAACUUCUAGUCUUUUCUGUACUUCCCCCUUAUGGUUCCCCUCCCUAUUUUCUUCCACCAAGCUCUAUCUCUUUGUCUCUAUUCCAAAAAUUAGUUCUGUUCUCCUCAGUGCAAAGUUUAUUUUUGUAGUUGGCAAUCUCAUUAUCAUUCUCCUCAUUGGGGAAUCCAAGUUCUUUGCUUCAAACUCUCUUCCAGCAGCUGCUGAUGUGUACUAUGAUGAGUAUAUUAACCGAAAAAGAGGCCUCCAAGCUUCUUCCAGCCUUAUGGAGAAGAAAGAGAGAAGAGGGGAGAUAUUGUUUAAAGAAAACGCUAGCAAGACUUGUGGAGGAAGAAAAUUUGAAGUGAAAGUUUGGGAUGAGACAAAACUAGAAGUGGAGAACCAAAGAGAGGAUUUAAAUGCAGAAGAGGAGCUUAGUUUGCCUGCUGAGGAGUUGAACAAAAGGGCUGACGAUUUCAUUGCCAGGGUUAACAGGCAAAGGAGGCUGGAAGCUAGGCUGCUACUUGCUUAA